GGGUGCCUAUUGGCUGACGCUACAGAGGCAUGGCGAGCUUGUAAUUGCUGAGCACUGCGAGUAGUACACCCGGAGUAGAACGGCGAUGACGGUGUCGGAAUCUCAAGGGGCGGCAGGCGGGGCCGAAGUGCAACCCCGGCAGGAAGAAAUACAGCGGGCCUUUCCAAUUAAAGAAAAGUCAGAUUCAGAAUCAGAAGUGGAACUGGGGAGUAAUGUCACUCUUCCCAACAGAGGUAACCUGCUGGAUUUUCUCCAGCUAGCUGAAGAUACAGUGGCUGCAUCAAGUUCAGGAGAGAGGCUUUAUGACUCACUUCAGGCCCUCAAAAGCAAAAACAGACAAUGUUUGUUAGAACUGGGCCUCAUGUACCAGGCAAAGCUGGAGAACAACUACAAACCACCUAAGGAUGACAAGGAAUUAGAAGACUUUUUCCAGGAUGAUGCAAGAUUGAUUUUGCCAGCAAACUUCUAUGAAGACUUGAGAUCUGGUAACAUGAGAAGAUGCAACUCUUUGACUGACCUCUCCAUAGACAGUUCAAAAAAUGAACAAAACCGUUAUUCAUCUCCUCAAUCAUAUUUAAAACCAUGGGACUCCUCCAUCACCAUCCCUCAGCCAUUCAGAAUGACACUUCGAGAAGCUUACAAAAAGUCUCAGUUGUUAAAAUCACCAGCAUUGAUUGAAAUUGAAACAGCUGCGUACAAAAGGCAAAGCCAAGAAGAAGCUGAAUGUCAGAAACAAUUCAGGGCUCAGCCGGUACCUGCCCACAUCUAUUUACCACUCUACCAGGAAAUCAUGGAAAAGAAUGAAAUUCGUAGAAAAGUGAGAACACAAAAGAGAAAGGAGUUGCUUCUUUCAAUGCAAAAACCCUUCAGCUUUCAGGAAAAAGAAGAAAAGAGAAAGGAGGCCAUCAAACAGAAAGUUCUGGACAUACUAACUUCAAAUAAGAAAUCAGUACCAAAAAUCAGAAAGAAGAUUCCUAAAUCAACUUAUGAACCAAUGCUUGGGGAUAAACUCAAAGAAGCAGAACUGUUAAGAAAAAUCCGUAUUCAAAUGAGAGCCAAGGAUUUGCUGGAAAGCUCCUGGGCUCCUAUUGAGCUUAGCAAUCAACAAAAGGAAAAAGAAUCCCGAAUUGCCUCCAGAAACAGGGAACAAAAACUGAGCUUUCUGCAGGACAACUUCAGUUUUAAACCAAGAAUUAACAGAUCUGUACCUGACUUUGAAAGACUUUACUGGGAAUUCCAGCUAGAAGCAAGAAGCAAACGAGAGAUCAAAGAAGCAACUCAUAAUAAACCAUUCCAAUUGAGAACAUCUAAUCUCCGUUGUAAACACAGAGUAUCUAACCAGGAGAUGAUGGAUUUUCAUCAACCUUCCAAGGCACCAAUGCAAAGAAGUCGUUCUUUGAUUGGUAUUUCAUCCCUCUCCUCCAAUACACUUCCAAUAUAUAUCACAGAUGCAGUGAGAAAGAGAGAGUCUGCUAUUAAACUCCUCCAAGAAGGUAAAAAAGACAAGGAGAAUGAAGGUGUUCAUUGGGCAGAGCUGCAAAGAAAGAAAUGUCAAGCUAUGCAAAAGUCUGUGAAUUGCCGAGCGAAAGCCAUGGAUCCCCACAAAAGCUUGGCGGAGACACACAAAGAAAAGCUGAAACAAAACUUGCAGAAAGACUACAGAAGAACAAGAGAGUAUAAAAAACAACUAGAAGAGAUGAAGAUGCGAGUGAAAAGCAGACCAUAUCUGUUUGAACAGGUCACAAAGCGUGGUGCCCGUGAAGGGGUAGAGAGGCUCUUUCGAGACACCUUGCAGCAGUUUGGGCUGAAUGAAGAAUUUGUAAGAAACAAAGGAAGAGAAACCACUGACCCAAUAGGGAAGGAGGAACUGUCUGAAUCACAGAGAAGUCAUAAGUCUCAGAAGAAUACUGAUGCAGACAUCUUGAAGGAACUCUCUCAAGAAGGGCAAAGAAGAUUGGAAUGGAAGUAGCGAUGCACUUAGAUGUCUCCAUGUGCCUACAGCUCAUUCAGUUCUUUUAAUCAAAUGCAAUUAGAACAAGUCUAGGCAAUUUAUGUUGCAUAAAGAGCUGAAGCUAACUCUUAUACUUUAUUUAAAGUGUGCAGUCAUGGCGUAUAUUAGCUAACUGCAUGUAUUUCAUUUUUUAUAGUUUCAAAAGUGAAAUCUCAAGUUUGGCAUCAGUCCAUUAUUCAGAUAAGGACUGUAGGUGAGUAAAUGUGCAAAUGUAUGCAUGCAUGCAGUCCUACCAUGAUGAUGGAGACCCUCAGUUGGUUUGGAUGUUGCAUUCUAAUACAGUCCCGUUUCUUGCCCAAACUUAAAUAUUCAUAGCUCUUUGCUUUAGGGAGGUUUAGAGAGGAGAGAUUACCAGCUGGGGUUUCCUCCCCUUUGGCCCCUGUUCCUGCAACUAGAAAUGAAAGCAGGCAACAAUCCAUCUUCCCUCAGUAAUCCACUUACACUUUUAUGUGGUAUGGUCAGCCUCUUCCCCUCCCCAGCUCCAUAGAAGUCAUACAGUUUUAAAUUAACAGGUUUGCAUUCCAAAGUACCAUCUUGAUUCUGUGCAUGUUUACUUGGAGUAAAGACUUCCUCUCAGAUAA